GCGCUUUACUAUUUUGUAAGCGCUCGAUGCCUUGCGCCAUAUUGAAGUUGAAAACUAAAACAAGUUGAAGUUAUUCUAUAAAUUGAUAAGUAACCAUGGGAACUAGAGUAUACAUAGGGCACCUUUCCUAUCAUGCUAGAGAGCGAGAUGUGGAAAGGUUUUUCAAGGACUAUGGGAGAAUCCGAGAUGUUAUGUUGAAAAAUGGUUACGGCUUUGUUGAGUUUGAUGACUACAAGGACGCAGAUGAUGCAGUGUAUGAAUUGAAUGGGAAGGAACUCUGUGGAGAAAGAGUGUCUAUUGAGCACGCUCGAGGCACCGUCCGUGGCGGGGGCGGUGGUGGUGGUGGUGGGUACCGGGGAGACAGUCACUACCGGGACAGCAGCUACAACAGGAAACCAAUGUGGAUUGACAAGUACGGCCCACCAACUAGAACAGAUUAUAGACUUAUUGUGGAAAAUCUCUCCUCACGAGUCAGUUGGCAGGACCUCAAAGACUACAUGAGACAAGCAGGGGAGAUUACCUACGCUGAUGCUCACAAACAGCACAAGAAUGAGGGGGUUGUGGAGUUUGCCACCUAUUCGGAUAUGAAAAAGGCUAUUGAUAGAUUGGAUGGAACCGAGAUUAAUGGCAGAAAAAUUCGGCUGGUUGAGGACAAACCCAAGAGAAGCAGAAGAGACUCAAGAAGCCGCUCUAGAUCAAGGAGCAGGAGGAGGAGAUCCAGGAGCCGUUCAAGAAGCCGAUCCAGAAGUCGAUCCCACAAGAGGAGGGCAUCUUCAAGAAGCCGAAGUAGAAGCAAGUCUCGCAGCCAAAGUCGAUCCAGGUCCAGAUCUGGAUCAAGGGACAGAUCCAAGUCCAAAUCAAGAUCCAAGUCCAGGUCUAAGUCCAAAUCAAGAUCCAAGUCCAGGUCGCCCUCAAGGUCCAAAUCAAGGUCAAAGUCCCCAGUCAAAGAGGAUGAAGCGGAGGGAAGGGAGGAAAAUUGAGCAUCAAUGCAUUAACACUGCAGGGAGUGUGGGAAAUAUUGACAUACUAAUGGAGGAAUUUUAGCAUUUCAUGUGUGAAGUGUUCCCAGGCUUUAUAUUCUGUAAUGGCUGAUCUUGUUUCCAUUAGUGUUGGAAGCUGUUAACUUCCUGACAUUUUCCACUCACUACUUUUAAAGAGGGUCAUUGCUGUUAUUAAAGCUUUUGUAUAUAGGUAACAUUGCCAUUGACACAAAAAUCAUCUCAUUUAAUGAUUAUGAUUUUUUUUUUCAGACAUGCAAAAAUAAAUUUUGUGAAAAUAUUA